AUUUGUCAAAAACAUAUGGUAGCCGAAAUUCUAACCACCACAGUCACCGGGUUUUAACACUGCUUUGUACGAAAUUGAAGAAUUUUCCUUGAAAAUUCCAUAAACUUGAUGGUGUCAUGGCCCAAAGUGUCCUAGGAAGGUUGUUAAAAUGUUCAUUGAACAGUGCAGCAAGGCCAGCGUAUGCUCACAACUUGUUUGGAACACAACUACAGAGACGUGCCCUUAGCUUAGGGGUUGUUCCAGCCAAACCGAUUCUUGUACGUAACCAUGCGGCGCCAAUAUUAGCAUGUAAUCGAAGAAAUACCACAGAUGCUCCAAAAAAACCAGCGAGUCCAGAAAUUUUGUCAAAACUAUUUCCACAGACUGCUGCCAAUGUCGAUGAGGAAACCGAAAAGGAACGUAAACGUAAGGAAGAAGAAGAGGCCAAGGAAAAUGAAAAGGCAUUCAAACGCAUGAAAGUUGGUUUUGCCGUAUUCGCUGGCGCAGGUGGUGCAUUACUAGUUUGGUCAAUUUAUGAAUUUGGCAAACCUGAAGUAGAUGCUGAUGGUAAUGUCAUCGAAGAUGAAUUCAUCAAACUUCCAGCUGUGGAGCAAUACCUGAAGCGUAUGUGGAAAUCAAUGCAUUAUUAUCAGAAAAUGAUUCAGGAGCCUUCAAGAGAAAAAUUAUUACCCGAUCCAUUGAAGCCACCUUAUAUACAGCCACCCUACACAUUGGUCUUAGAAAUGAAGGACGUGUUGGUACAUCCCGAUUGGACAUAUCAAACUGGCUGGAGAUUUAAGAAACGUCCUGGCGUCGACGUCUUCCUACAGGAAUGUGCUAAACAUUUUGAAAUUGUUGUUUUCACUGCCGAACAGGGUAUGACUGUAUUCCCCAUAUUAGAUGCAUUGGAUCCCAAUGGUUAUAUUAUGUAUCGUUUGGUUCGUGACGCUACACAUUUCAUUGAUGGCCAUCACGUUAAGAAUUUGGAUAAUUUGAAUCGUGAUUUGAGAAAGGUUAUUGUUGUCGACUGGGAUCCCAAUUCCACAAAAAUGCAUCCAGACAAUACAUUUAACAUUGCCAGAUGGAUGGGAAAUGAUGAUGAUUCGCAACUAUUCGAUUUGAUAAGUUUCUUGAAAACGAUUGCUACAACGGAUGUUGAAGAUGUCCGUGAUGUUUUGCACUACUAUCGUCAAUUUGAUGAUCCUAUUAUGAAAUUCCGUGAAAAUCAACAAAAACUUAUGGAACAAAUGCAAGAACGCGAACGUAUGGAUCAAGCCAAAUCAAAGCCGAUUGUUAAGAACUGGUCAAGGAACUUUUUGGGACGUUAAAAGAUAAUCGUAGACUUUUGUUAUUAUUUGAAAAAAGAGUUAGUAGUCUUAACAAACACCUUAUUUUAUGUUUUCACUUCAACUUAGUUUGGUUACCCUUGCUGGUUCAAAACAAAAAUUAGGAAAGUUUUACCACACCCACACGUACACGAAGAAAAUGCAGUUAUAGUUUACAUUUAUUUCCCCAUUCCUACAAGUCCCUUUUAAUUUUAUUAAAAACUUCAAAGAAAAUGCAUCAUUUUCUUGGUGAUAAGUUUUACUCACAUAAAUCAUCACGAACGAUUUGAUGCAUUUCGUUAUGCUAUUCAUUCAUUGUUUCAGAAAAUUAUUCUUAAUUAUUUGUAAGCUAAUUUUUUAAAAAUUAAUAAAAAUGAUAUUCUUCAAGAAACACCAAAAACUAA